CUUGUCUUUUCAGUGGAGUGGCCGGUGUGAGCAGAAGUCUGAACCGUGAACUCAACGUAGCCCAAAGGCGAAGGACAGAUAUAAAGAUGCCCCCAAAAAAGGGAGAAGCACCAAAACAGGCUCCAUUAAUUGGACGAUUUGGCACAUCCUUGAAAAUUGGAAUCGUGGGAUUACCUAAUGUUGGGAAAUCCACAUUUUUCAACGUGCUGACCAAAAGCCAAGCUGCUGCAGAGAACUUCCCAUUCUGCACAAUUGACCCAAAUGAGAGCAGGGUACCUGUUCCUGAUGAGCGCUUUGAUUUCCUCUGCCAGUACCACAAACCAGCCAGUAAGGUUCCUGCCUUCCUCAAUGUUGUGGACAUUGCUGGUCUGGUGAAGGGAGCUCACUCAGGACAGGGACUUGGAAAUGCCUUCCUCUCCCACAUCAGUGCUUGCGACGGCAUCUUCCACAUGACCCGUGCUUUUGAUGAUGAGGAUAUUAUCCACGUGGAGGGUAACGUUGACCCAGUGAGGGACAUCGAAAUCAUCCACGAGGAGCUGCGACUAAAAGAUGAGGAAAUGAUCGCUCCAAUUAUUGACAAACUGGAGAAAACCGCAGUGAGAGGAGGGGACAAAAAACUCAAACCUGAAUAUGAUAUCAUAUUGAAGGUAAAGAACUGGGUGGUGGACGAGAAGAAACACGUCAGAUUCUACCAUGACUGGAAUGACAAAGAGAUUGAGGUGUUGAACAAAUACCUGUUUCUGACAUCCAAGCCCAUGAUCUACCUGGUGAAUCUCUCGGAGAAAGAUUACAUCAGAAAAAAGAACAAGUGGUUGGUAAAAAUCAAGGAGUGGAUAGAUGCUCAUGAUCCUGGUGCUCUGGUCAUUCCCCUGAGUGGAGCUCUGGAGUCCAAGCUGCUGGACAUGGAAGAUGAAGAGGAGAGGAAUAAGUACUGCGAGGAAAUGAAGACACAGAGUGUUCUGACCAAAAUAAUAAAGACCGGCUAUUCAGCACUGCAGCUGGAAUACUUCUUCACAGCAGGACCAGAUGAGGUGCGAGCGUGGACCGUCAGGAAAGGUUCCAAGGCUCCUCAAGCUGCAGGAAAGAUCCACACUGACUUUGAGAAAGGCUUUAUCAUGGCCGAGGUGAUGAAAUACAGUGACUUCAAAGAGGAGGGCAGUGAAAAUGCAGUCAAGGCUGCUGGGAAAUACAGGCAACAGGGCAGGAACUACAUCGUGGAGGAUGGGGACAUUAUCUUUUUCAAAUUCAACACACCAAAUGCCCCUAAAAAGAAAUGAGACCAUGCAAUCACCAGAGGGAGAACUCAGAAUACUGUUCAGUCCGGCCCCUGAGAGCUACACUGUCUGCUGGCUUUCAUACUUCUCUCUUCAUUUCAGAGGAUCAACAUGCAGCCUGGUCGACCAGAGAUAUUUACUCACCUGGCCUGGUCUGGAGCAGAAUCUAUCAAAAUGAUUCUGUAUAAUAUGAAUUCUAUACAAACACACCAUACAUUCCUAUAUUUAAGAAUAUGAACAAAUUUUGAAAUGGUACCAACUGCACUGCCAGUCAAACAUUGUUGAACACACUCACAGUCAAGAAGAGGUGUGACUGUAAUGAAAAAUAUAUACCUUUUGAUUUUUAGUGGAUAUUGUCUAAUCGGGAACCUGUAACAGAAUUCAAACUGCAUACUCUUGUAAUUGAUGAAAGCACUGUACACAGCAGGGAUUGUCCUGUUUUCUAGAUGCUCAAAGACACUUAAAAGGUUUAAUUUGUCUUUUUUCCCCCAAUUUAUCUUUAGACAAAGUUUCAUUCCCCUGUGUAAUAAGAGUUUAUCUCUGCAGUCAUUAAUUGACACUUACAUCCAUAAUGACUGCUGAUUAAUUGGCAAGCUCUGAGAUCCCCAAUGAGUCUCUUAAUUAGUGUUUUAUUAAAGGCAGGUGUGCUGGAUCAUUAACCGGCUUCUGUAUCUUUAAAACAUGUAAACAGUGUUGGCAUGAAUUAGAGUAUGAUACAGCAGUCUGCUACAGGUGCCUCAUUAUAGUUAAUAAAAGCUUCAUGGCUCCUGGCUUGGUCUUUUGCCUAAAAUCAAAAGACAUGAACUUUUCUCAGUUCCUUCUUACAUUUUGCUUAGUUAAACUUUAUUAAUUUUAUGCUAUUAACAACAAAGUCAUAAGGCCUAAAACCUAUUGAGAAAUGCUAAAAUAUACAGUGUCUAUAAUCAUUUGACUGGCAGUGUGUUUACUUUUAAGAGAGCGUGAAAGCCAUCACUGUGUUUAACUCCAGGCUAGUACUGUGCUGUAAUCUGAGCAGGAGGGUUAUUGUUAUUUUAGAAAGAGCAAAGCAGGCAUCCCUGAUGGUGCCUGAUCAGAUGCCUGAACAAAGAAUGUUGUUAUACACACUGCUUUUAUUGACUUAAGUUUGGGCUUGUAAAAAACAAAAAACAAAAAAAAAACAGACUCCUCACAUUAAGAUCUCUACCCUGCGUAAUGAGACAAUGCUUCAUUGUGAAUCCGGACAGCUACAGGAGUGCUCUGUGCAUCAUCUGGACUGUACAGCUUCAAAAUAUAUCAGGUUUCACUUCUCCUCACUGCCCUCCAAAGUGUGAGUGUCUUUAUUUUUGAGAAUACUGACUGUCCCCUUACCAAACAUUUUGCCAAAGUGUGGACAUAGAACUAAAUCGAGGUACAUAGGAGGAAGAUGUUAAAGGGAGCUAUGUCUAAUAAAUGUCAUCCUCAUCAAUCUGCAUGUGUCAAUAAAAGGAGAGAAACCUGUCA